ACUGCCUGUGUCCGGAACGCUACGGAAAGUCCCCGCUCCUCUGCCUAGUGCCUAGCCUAAACCAAGCUCUUGGGAAAGUAGUGUAGUGAAGCCAUGUCGGAGCACCAUCGUGGUGCCUGGGGAGCGAGGGAGGACGCGGUGUGGUGGCCGGGCGCGAUAACGACAUCCGAUUAUCAGCAGUCGUUACAGUCGCAUCAUCAACAUUUGCUGAAUCAACAACUCGCAGUACAGCAGCAGCAACAGCAACAACAGGCGGCCGCGCAGCAGCAGGCACAGCAUGAUGCUAUUGCCAGAAGUACGGCAGCGGCGGCUACACAGCAGCUUUUUUCGUAUAAGAUGGCUAGUAGCUUCCAGAACCCUGCUACCACGAUGACAUCGGCCAGUGUGUCAUCCUCACCAGUUGCCUCCUGCAUGCGAGGGUACGACUAUAGGCUCGGGGAUGGCAUGGUUGGAGGCGGUAGUGGAGGAAUGGUUGGCGCCGGUGGCCGAUCAGGAGACGCUUCUUUAGCAGGCAGUGCCGCCCCGCAGUGGUGGUACCCCAGUGGCAUGGGAAACCCAAUUCAAAACGUGCCAACACCUCCCACAGUGCCACAGCAACAAAAUCGAGGUAGGAUGCCACGAGGAAAGGCUGAUGCUAAGCCAAGGGGGCGGAUGACUGCUUAUGCCUUCUUUGUUCAAACUUGUCGAGAGGAACAUAAGAAGAAGCAUCCUGAUGAAAACGUAAUUUUUGCUGAGUUCUCGAAGAAGUGUGCAGAAAGGUGGAAGACCAUGUUGGAUAAGGAGAAGAAGCGCUUUCAUGAGAUGGCUGAAAAGGAUAAGAAACGUUAUGACUCAGAAAUGGAAGGUUACACACCAGCAAAGGGUGAGAAAGCGCGCGGUAAGAAGAGGAAACAUGUCAAGGAUCCCAAUGCACCAAAAAGAUCAUUGUCAGCAUUUUUUUGGUUUUGCAAUGAUGAACGUAGCAAGGUGAAAGCCCUGAACCCAGAAUUUGGUGUGGGAGAUAUAGCCAAGGAACUGGGUAGAAGGUGGUCUGAUGUUGAUCCCGAGCUGAAAUCGAAGUAUGAAGCAAUGGCAGAAAAGGACAAGGCGAGAUAUGACAGGGAAAUGACUGCAUACAAGAAGAGACCUAAGGGAGGCAUGCCAGUGGCACAGGCUCCACUCUCAAAGAAACAGGACAGUGAAGAUGAAGAGGAUGAGGAUGACGAAGAAGCAGAUGAAGAUGACGAGUAAACUCUCAGAAAACUUGUCAGGUUCUUCGUCCCCUCGUUCAUUCAUUCAGACUGUGUGCACGAAGAAGAGAGACUGAGAAGAUCGUUUGUUCAUACAUACUUCGCCCUCCCUCCUUUCAUUUCAUCAUCCCUUGAAAGAUCGGAAAUUAAAAAAAAAAGUUGCCCUUCCCCCCCCCAGUGUACAUAUAAUAUUCAUUUCAAUGUUUUGUGUUAUCCUUUACUUUUCAUCUUCAUUUGAAGUACAUUGAGUACAAAUGUUUUGUGUUUUCUCUUCAUCUUCAUUUUUAAGUACGUUCAGUACACAAUUUAAAGUUCGGUUCCGUGAAUGACAUGAUUUUGUUGCGAUUCAGUGGUCGUAAUCCAUUACAUUUUUAAGACUUUGCUACAACUGUCAGGCUGUUAAUAUAUUGUUUUUAAAAUAAAAAUGUAGGAGUAAGUAAUCUGAUUUCCUCUUCUUUUUGCUUACCUAUGAAGAUGCAUACAUAUGGCAUCAAAUAAUUGCCAUUGCUUUGUGGUUUGACGGGUUUCAAAAUUGUUUUCUAACUAUGGAAAACUGGCUAUCACCAAAGUCAUUACCAGUUUCAUUUCCGUUUUGGAAACUACCAUAUUUUCUGGUCUUUCAUGAAUGCUGUGCAUCUGACAGACAAAUAAAAUCAGGGUUCUGCUGCCUGCUUUUAGUAUGUAGGAUACUUAUAUCUACUGUAAAAAAGAAAAACUUUGGUGUUUGCCAGUAUCAGACAAUUAUAUUUGCUGUGAACCAGUUUCUUUUAAAGCAGUUAUCUGUUUGUGUGUUCUUUCAUUAGUAAAUGUGUAGAAUGAGAGCAGGAAUUGAUUACACUCUCAUUCGCAGAGCAGAUUAUUUUUAUUUAAUUAAACGGUUAUGAUAUAGGUCAUUGCCGCAAGUCAAGAUUUAUCUGUAAUUUUCUUUUUCUUUCCAUCCUUGGAGGUGCAGACUGUCUCAGCAGCAACCAUCAGCAUGUUCAGUGGUACUUUUCAACUGAACAAUAUUCACCAGCCAAUAGACACUGUGGUGUGACCACACAUGUGCAGAUUCAAGCUCCCCUUGAAUAGAGGAGUUUAUUAAGACAAUUUAAAGAAAUACCAUAGCCUGUUCUCUUUUUGAGGGAAGAUUUCAUUUGAUGGAAUUUGUAGUGACAAGGUAAAAGGGUUCUCUGCGUUUCUCGUGUUUUUCGUGUCUAUAACCUUUAACAUUCCUCAGAAGAAAAACAUUUUAAAAAGUCCUAAAACUAGAGAAUUGAAUAUAUAUAUUUCAUUGAGGAACCAUAAUGGAAAUUUGAAAUCACCAUCUCAUUUUGUCUUUGAGAUAACAUACUGUAAGUGAACAUAUGAAUGAAAUGUUAGAAUAUUUUAUUACUGAUUUGCAGUCUAAAAGUGUGUUUCGACCUGUUUCUCAGCUGCAGUGGACUGGUAAAAGUGAAUUUUGAAAAAUCUUUUAACAGAUUUGCUCUGUGUUAUUUUUAGGGAAAUUCAAAUAGAGAAAAGGGCAGUGUUUGUUUUGUAUCUCAUAGGGAUAAAUAAACUUUUCAAAAAAUCAGUUAAUCAAA